CUGCGCCGGGGAACAUCGGCCGCCUCCAGCUCCCGGUGCGGCCCGGCCCGGCCCGGCUCGGCCGCCUCAGACGCCUGCCUGCCCUGGCAGUCAUGAGGCCCCCCUGGUGUCCCCUGCACACGCCCUCCCUGGCUUCCCCAAUCCUUCUCCUCUUCCUCUUCCUCCUGGGAGGAGGGGCAGAGGCUGAGGACCCAGAGCUGCUGGUGACUGUGCGUGGGGGCCGGCUGCGGGGCAUUCGCCUAAUGGCCCCUGGGGGCCCUGUCUCCGCUUUCCUGGGCAUCCCCUUCGCAGAGCCACCUGUGGGCCCCCGUCGCUUUCUGCCACCGGAGCCCAAGCGGCCCUGGCCAGGGGUGCUGGACGCCACAGCCUUCCAAAGUGUCUGCUACCAAUAUGUGGACACCUUGUACCCCGGCUUUGAGGGCACCGAGAUGUGGAACCCGAACCGAGAGCUGAGUGAGGACUGCCUCUACCUCAAUGUGUGGACACCAUACCCCCGGCCUGCGUCCCCCACCCCUGUCCUCGUCUGGAUCUACGGGGGUGGCUUCUACAGUGGGGCCUCCUCCCUGGACGUGUAUGACGGCCGCUUCCUGGCCCAGGCUGAGGGGACCGUGCUGGUGUCCAUGAACUACCGGGUAGGAGCCUUUGGCUUCUUGGCCCUGCCAGGGAGCCGGGAGGCCCCAGGCAACGUGGGUCUACUGGAUCAGAGGCUGGCACUACAGUGGGUGCAGGAGAAUGUGGCAACCUUUGGGGGCGACCCAAUGUCAGUGACUCUGUUUGGGGAAAGUGCCGGUGCUGCCUCAGUGGGCAUGCACCUGCUGUCCCCCCCCAGCCGGGGCCUGUUCCACAGGGCUGUGCUGCAGAGCGGCGCACCCAACGGCCCCUGGGCCACAGUGGGUGUGGGAGAGGCCCGCCGCAGGGCCACACUGCUGGCCCGCCUCAUAGGCUGUCCCCCGGGGGGUGCUGGUGGCAAUGACACAGAGCUGGUCGCCUGCCUGAGGACACGGCCAGCUCAGGACCUGGUGGACCACGAGUGGCAUGUGCUGCCUCAGGAAAGUGUCUUCCGCUUCUCUUUUGUGCCUGUGGUGGAUGGAGACUUCCUCAGUGACACACCCGAGGCCCUCAUCAAUGCCGGAGACUUCCACGGUCUGCAGGUGCUGGUGGGUGUGGUGAAGGAUGAGGGCUCCUAUUUUCUGGUUUACGGGGCCCCAGGCUUCAGCAAAGACAACGAAUCUCUCAUCAGCCGGGCCCAGUUCUUGGCCGGGGUGCGGGUCGGGGUCCCCCAGGCGAGUGACCUAGCUGCCGAGGCUGUGGUCCUGCAUUACACAGACUGGCUGCACCCUGAGGACCCGGCACGCCUGAGAGAGGCCAUGAGUGAUGUCGUGGGCGACCACAACGUCGUGUGCCCCGUGGCCCAGCUGGCUGGGCGACUGGCUGCCCAGGGUGCUCGGGUCUAUGCCUACAUCUUUGAACACCGCGCAUCUACGCUCUCCUGGCCCCUCUGGAUGGGGGUGCCCCAUGGCUACGAGAUCGAGUUCAUCUUUGGGCUCCCUCUGGAACCCUCGCUAAACUAUACCGCCGAGGAGAGAACCUUUGCCCAGCGACUGAUGAGAUACUGGGCCAACUUCGCCCGCACAGGGGACCCCAAUGACCCCCGGGACCCCAAAGUCCCGCAGUGGCCACCGUACACGGCGGGAGCGCAGCAGUACGUGAGCCUGAACCUGCGGCCGCUGGAGGUGCGGCGGGGGCUGCGCGCCCAGGCCUGCGCCUUCUGGAACCGCUUCCUACCCAAAUUGCUCAGCGCCACCGACACGCUGGACGAGGCGGAGCGCCAGUGGAAGGCCGAGUUCCACCGCUGGAGCUCCUACAUGGUGCACUGGAAGAACCAGUUUGACCAUUACAGCAAGCAGGAUCGCUGCUCAGACCUGUGACCCAGACGGGACCCCCACGUCUCCCCGCCCUGCUCACCCCGCCCGGCCCCCUAGCUGUAUAUACUUAUCUAAGGGCUGGGGUAUAACACGGAGGAGCCCUAGACCGUGCCCACCCAACUCCCCCCCGACUAUCCCCGGAGGCUCCCCGUCCUCUGCAUGUCUCGGGCCGAGCCCCUCCCCCGCGGUGCCUUCGCCCCUCUGGGCUGCCAAUAAACUGUUACAGCUACAGCAGUGUGCGCGACUAGGGAGCGGGCCUCAAACACCGGGGCUGAGUAGACAGAGGGGCGGGUACGAG